AUGGAAUCAAGUAGAGAGUUUCUCGAAUUGCCAAACGAAAUUAUCGAUCAUAUUCUGCAGGAUAGGGAUAUAUCAUAUAGAGAUAUAUGCAGAGUGUCCCAAACAUGCAACCAACUGCACAAACUUUGCAUGUCAAAUGAGUUAUGGAAGAGAAAACUCCAUCAAAGGUGGCCAAGGCUCUUGUCAAAAUAUACCCUGGAUGAACCCCCAGACUGGUCGAAGGAGUUUAGGACAUGUAUCAUGGUUUGUUGUGCUGUACGGAAGCUAGUGAGUCAACUGUCACCGCGAUUUUAUAAACUGGACGAGGUUUCUGAUGAAGCAUUUGAUGAAGUUGUUGCCUUGAUGGAAAAACAUGAUGCUGCGGAAGUGAUCAUCAGUGAACUGAAUGAAAUCAUUCACAACAAAGAAAGGUCUAAAAACUUGACUAACAAGUACUAUGCAGUGAAGUUACUUCGCCACAUUCUACACCUGCAUUUGAGCGUCCAGUGGAAGGCUCACUUAGAGGAGCCACCAGGUGAACAGAAGUUGGAGAAAGGGGCUGUAAUCCUGAGCCAGUGGUUCCAACCGCGAGAGGUCGUAUCAGAGAUAGAGGUCACCAAGCAGCUGGAUCAAAUCGCAGACCGGGUCAAACAGCACCUGCCAGAACAUCUAAAGGCCAAAUAUAACAAAGGAACUCCAACCUUGAGUCCAGAGCUUGAGAGAUUAGUUUUAGAAACUAUGAACCGCAUAUUAUACAAUGAAAUGGGCUUCAGAGGAAACAAAGACAGAUAUUAUGAUGAAAACAACUCUUUUAUAGAAAAGGUCCUGGAGCGCAAGAUGGGUAUUCCCAUAAGUCUGGCUAUACUGUACUCGGCUGUGGCCCGACGUCUUGGGGUCACGUGUGACUGCAUCAACUUCCCUACACACUUCCUGUUGAAGUGGAGAGAGCACCCAAUGGCAACAUUGGAUAAGCAGUACACAUUUAUUGAUGCUUUCGAUGGGGAGUUCCUUACAGAGAUAGGAGAUGACCUUUACAAAUUUACAGAUGCCAUACCACCUAUAGAGGUCUACAAGAGAAUGCUUCGUAACCUUAUAAACAUAGCCCGAAACCACCACCAAAUAAAGAAUAACACCUCCUUCAUACGAGAUGCGAUAGAGAUGAUGCUAGAGACCACUCCUCAAGAUCCAGACUACCAGUUUCUGAUCAUCAAAAUCUACCUGUACCUGAGGAUCAACUUAACACAGAUCAAGUCCUUAUUACAAGAUAUCCUUGCCAGCAAUGUACAAAGUGGUCCUCAGGUGGCCCUGUUAAUGAACGAAGUUGACAGAAGUAUACUGGAAAAUGAAAAUAUAUUGAAGAGAGAGAUAAAACCCAAGCAUAGGGCUGAGCAUAAAGAAGUCCAGUUUUCAGUGGGAAUGGUGAUGAAGCAUAAAAGGUAUAACUACAUGUGUGUGAUUUCUGGCUGGGACUCCACGUGUCAGGCUUCCAGAGACUGGAUCAUACAGAUGGGAGUACACAUGCUCCCCCGCAAGGACAAGCAGCCAUUUUACAAUGUGUUGGUAGAGGAUGGCAGCAUUAGAUAUGCUGCAGAUGAAAACCUAUUGCACCCAGACACCCACUGUGAAAUACCUCAUCCAGAUGUUGGGAAGUAUUUUAAGGAGUUUACCGGUCAAUACUAUGUCAUGAACUCGGAGAAAGCUCAGGAAUAUCCCGAUGAUGAUGUGAAGACCCGUACCACUGUAGAGGGGAUGGGUCAGUGAGAGACAGAGAGGUUGUCUCAGCAAAAUCAGGAAUAAUAUUGAAGAGAGGUUCAGUGUGGUGUCAGCAAAGUCAGUAAAUUAUUGAGGGGAGGGGUCAGUGAGAGACAGAGAGAGGUUGGGUCAGCCUCAUGGUAGAGGGGAGGGGGCAAGUUUAGGUGUGCAAAGACCCCUACUGUUGAAGAUGUGAACUCUGACAAUCUUCUUACACUAACAAGUUUGUGGCUUUAUUGUCAAUUCCAGCCAUUUCAAGGGAGAUAAUGCUGUGUUUAUU